AAUGCUUUUGUCUCUAGUUUGUUAGAUCAAACGCAUUGGAGCCGUCCGCGUAGCUCUGUCGCCAACUUUUCCCAAACGACUACCGUCAGGAUUGGCCCGCCGCAGAAAAAGACAAAACUUCCAUACCGCAAAUUCUUUGCACUCCACUCCCAUUCUAAUUUAUUGAUACUUGAAAAUCCAAUCUAUCGGAUCUCUCCAUCUAUUCAUCCUUACUCCCUUCGUCACCAUCCACCUCCACAUUCCACCGCCAUGUCAACCCAACCGCCGCCGCCCCUGCCGCUCGACUUCUCCGCCGUCUUAUCCGAAUCGAAGCGCAUAAUCAACGCCCACUCCCGCCACUUCCUGGCCCUCUCCGUCCUAUUCCUCCUCCCUCUCUCCUUCUCCGUCACCGUCUUCUCCACCAUCCACAACCUCCUCCUCCACCAACACUCCGGCCACCGCCCCAAAUCCCUCCUCUCCCGUCCGCCGCCGCUCCUCCCCAGCCUCGCCCAAUUGAACUCCCAAUCCUCCGAUCAGUUCAAUUUCCCCCGCCACCACCACCACCACCACCACGAUGACGACGACCUCCAACUCCCAAUCGAAACCCUUGCCCUCGUGGCCUGCUUCGCCCUCUUCUUCUUUGUCUUCACUAUCCUCGCAAUCGGCUCCAUCAGUUACAGCGUCCUCCACGGAUUCUAUGGCCGACCCGUCAAGUUCGUCUCCGCCAUCAAAUCCGGGUUGACUUCCUUCUUCCGUCUCUUCAUCACCCACAUCGUCGUCGAGCUCCUGCUUUCCCUGGUGGCGCUUCUCUUCCUCUGCUCAUUCUACUUCGUAAUCAAGGGUUUGGACUUGGUGUGUCUCGAAAUCGACACCGAUUCUCCUUACUUCCUCGCACUGGCCGUCGUCUACUCCGUCGUCCUGCUCGCCGUUCUCCUCUAUUUCAAAGUAAAUUGGUCUAUCUCCUCCGUGAUCGUCGUGGCGGAAUCCAGCUGGGGAGUUCCAGCAUUGAGGCGCAGCGGGUAUUUGGUGAAAGGGAUGCGGCGAGCGGUUCUCUACUUCUUCCUCUCGUUUGGACUCGUCUCCGGGAUAUUGACUUGGACCAGCUCGAUCGCAGCCGCGAAAUUGGGCGGCGACGCCCUUGGCGGCAGCCAAGGAUGGAAUAGCUGGUUCUUUGUGGCUCAGAUUGUGGUGACUUCCGCUCUUUUGACUCUGAUUUUGCUCUACUUCUUCGCUGCGCAGACGGUUCUGUAUAUGUACUGCAAGGCUGUUCGCGGGGAGCUUGCUUCAGAGAUUGCGCAGGAAUUCGCGAGGGAGUAUGUCUGCUUGCCUUUCGAUGAUGAAAAGGUGCCUCAUCUUGUUUCUGUUGUCUACACUUGAUAAGAAAGAACGAGCAAUUUCCCCCUGUUUCUGUGCCUGUCCUUGUGUUUGUGUAACAAAGACGGUUUCUUCAUCUUGUAACUCAGAACCAUGGAUCUUGUGAAUAAUAGUACGUUAUAGACUGAAGUUUACUGAUGGAAUCGUUUGUUGAGUUUGCUUUUAUUAUGCUGGCUUGAUUAUGGGUUUGUGUCUGGGUAUUUACGUUGCUGUAAUGUACUAGAUAUAAGAUCAAAGGAAAUCAAGGUCAUUUUCACAU